AUGAAAAAAUCAAAUGAUUCGAAACAAGAUGCAUUUUUAGCCUUGUUGGAGUUCCGUAAUUCUCCAAUUAGUGGUAUGGAACAAUCGCCUGCAGAACUGUUGAUGAGUAGAAAAUUGAGAGCUAAGUUACCAAUUCCUAAGCAUCUUCUUAAACCUAAGUCACAGCCAAUCAAUGAUGUUCGCCAGAGAUUGAGAGUACGUCAGUUGCGUCAGAAAGCAGCAUAUGAUCAGGGAACGAAACAGUUAUCCAGUUUACAGCCAAACGAGUCGGUGAGGAUUCGACAGGGAGGUGUAUGGAAUCCAGCCGUGGUCGUUGAACAACAUAAAUUACCUCGUUCGUACAUUGUGGCAACUUCAAAUGGAACUCAGUUACGCAGAAAUCGCCAGCAUCUAAUGCCAACUAACGAACCACCAAUGAUUAUUACACCACCAAUGGAACCUGUCGGCGAAGAAGAACGUUGUUCAGGUAUAGCUCCAAGUACCGUACGUUCACCAGUUCGUUCUCCAGUUAUAUUCCCGAGUACAGAAAUAGAGGAAGAACACGUACGAACACCAUUGAGAAGAAGUACAAGAGUUCGAAGGGCACCUUCCCGAUUGAUUGAGAACAUCUAG